AGGACCAAGGAAGAACACGAUCGAAGUUUGUAUGCUGUCCUUGAGCGAAUUCGGGAAUUUGGAUUCCACCUCAACAUCGAAAAAUGCAAGUUUGCCGUUACGCAAAUCAAGUUCCUUGGACACGUGGUGGACAAAGACGGUAUCCGGCCGGAUCCAUCCAAGACACUAGCGAUUUCCCAAAUGCCACCACCGAAGGACGUGAAGCAGUUACGAUCUUACUUAGGAGCCAUCAAUUAUUACGGACGAUUCGUGAAGCAGAUGAAGGAACUGAGAGCCCCCCUCGAUAACCUGCUGAAGAAGGACGCCCGUUGGAACUGGUCAUCUGAGUGUCAACAAUCAUUCGACAAAUUCAAGUCAAUUCUUUGCUCGAAGCUGCUUUUGACUCAUUUUGACCCAACCAAGGAAAUAAUUGUUGCAGCGGACGCAUCCAAAUACGGACUGGGAGCAGUAAUCAUGCAUCGCUUUCCAUCCGGUGAGAUCAAAGCUAUUGCACAUGCUUCAAGAUCAUUGACGUCAGCGGAAGCCAACUAUGGACAAAUUGAAAAAGAAGCCCUGGCACUAAUUUUCGGAGUAACUCGUUUUCACAAGAUGUUAUACGGACGAAGAUUCAUCCUUCAAACGGAUCACCAACCGCUGAUCAAGAUUUUUGGUUCAAAAAAAGGUAUUCCAGUGUAUACUGCCAAUAGACUGCAACGUUGGGCCCUCACUUUGCUCCUGUACGAUUUUGAAAUUCAGCACGUGUCGACCGACAAAUUUGGAUGCGCAGAUGUCUUAUCCCGAUUGAUGUCCACCCAAAGCCGACCGGAUGAAGAUUACGUUCUCGCAGCAAUACAUGUGGAAAACGAAGUCAAAGCUGUUAUCUCCGAUACGAUGAGCAAGCUACCCAUUACGUUCAACAUGAUUGUUGCUGAAACUCGCAAGGAUCAAGUUUUACAGCAAGUCAUGCAAUUCCUGAAAGAAGGUUGGUCGGUAAAUGGCAAGAAGAUUACUGAUCCUGCAGUCAGAAAAUUCCAUGCCCGGCGCGACGGUUUGCAGAUAGUCGACAACUGUUUGAUGUUUGGCGAUCGUAUUGUAGUUCCUGAAAAAUUUCGAAAGCAAGUUAUCCGUCAGCUCCACAAGGGACACCCCGGAAUGGACCGAAUGAAGUCUUUGGCGAGAAGCUACGUGUAUUGGCCAAACAUUGACGAGGAUGUUCAACAGUUUGUACGUGAAUGCAGAUCCUGUGCUGAAGCAGCGAAAGCUCCGACGAAAACUACUUUGGAAUCCUGGCCGAUGUGCACGCAACCAAUGCAACGUAUCCACAUAGACUAUGCUGGCCCAAUCAACGGAUAUCAUUACCUGGUGAUAGUGGAUGCCUAUUCCAAAUGGCCCGAAAUUUUCCGAACGCGCAACAUAACGACUACUGCAACGUUAGAAAUCCUUCGUGAAACCUUCGCCCGAUACGGAAAUCCGGAAACCCUAGUUUCGGAUAAUGGAACGCAGUUUACAAGUGAACAAUUUCAACAGUUCUGUCAAGAGAACGGAAUCAAUCACAUGCGCACAGCUCCAUACCAUCCUCAAUCAAACGGUCAAGCUGAACGGUUUGUGGAUUCAUUGAAACGCGGACUCAAGAAACUUAGUGGAGGGGAGAACACACCAACUAUUGAGCAUCUCCAAACAUUUCUGUUUGCAUACCGCAAUACACCAAACAAAUGUACUCCACAGUCAAGAACUCCAGCGCAGAUGUUUCUUGGCAGACCAGCUCGCACAGCCAUGGACCUUCUGAAGAAAUCCACAUGUGAACCGAAACAGUGCAACGAAAAGCAAAACAUGCUAUUCAACAAGCAACAUGGAGCUACAAAACGUGAGUUUCAACCUGGUGACCUGAUUUAUGCUGAGUACCACAAAAACAACAACAAAUCAUGGAUUCCUGGAAGGAUUGUAGAGCGAAAAGGAUCUGUCAACUACAACGUAUUCCUGCACCUUGGAUCACGUGAAAAGCUGAUACGGUCACACACAAAUCAAUUGCGUUACCGAUUUGAUGCUGAAGAACCAUCCGCAAGCCAACCCAUUCAGUUACCAUGGCAAAUACUCCUUGAAGAGCACAAAGAAUUUCCUGAAUUUGAAGAAGACGUAGUUCAUGAAGACCAAAGAUGUGACACACCUGAGCCUGCUCCACCACAAGCUAACAUCGAGCCUAAUGAUGAAGUUGCUCAAGAGGUCCAGCCAAUUCAAAGACAAGAACAGCCUGUGAACUCCGAACCAGAGCGACCACUCCGAUCCAGAAAGCUACCAGCUUGGUUGGCCCCGUACGACAUUUUCUAAAAGGGGAGAUGUAGCAGAGCAGUAGGCUAUGCUAAGGUGACACUUUGAAGAAGAAGACAUUUUCUAUUAUUCGUUGUUAGACCUCUAAAGAAGAAGCACCUAAUAAACUAUUAACUGUUAACAAGUCAACUCUUAUUCUGGAGUCUACAAU